AUGUUGCCUCCUCGAAGCCCCAUCAGUCGAAUAUUGACUCAUACUCGAACGACUCAACUACCUCAGAUCCCUAGCCCCAACAUACAUAUUCGACCAUUCACCCAUCGCACACGCCUACUUCUUCUUUCUCCGGCACCAGGUCGCCCUCAGCUGCCCUUCCUAUCACCUCUUGCGCCCACCCGUCCACUCUCACCGCUAUCAAUACAUCUUCGCCAGCAUUUUGGUCGCUUGAUAUCUACCGAGAGCCGCGAGCAUUACAAGCGAAGGGUAUCGCGAGGCGUCAAGAUCGCCCUAUCAGUGUCUGCCAUUCUUGUCUUGUUCUCCGCAAUACAGCUCGGCGUCUAUCAAGAAGACAUCGAGCAUUCAUGGCCCACUCCACCAGAGUGGUCCUGGAAAAGUCGGUGGUGUCUGCGAUCCGCGCAGGCACUACAAAAUCCCGAGCAGAUUGGUAAGCUGAUGACAAAUUGGCCCAUGGUCGCUGGAUAUCUUCGUGAGCUGCUGGAGCGGUUGGAGGACCUAGAGGGAGAAGGCAAAGGUCUUAUGGAACAAGCUGAAGGUGGAUUUCUGGUCGAAGGCGUCGGCCGCACUGGAUUCGAUGUCUCCGCAAAGAGUGAACCUUGGCGUCGCGGAUAUUUUCAGGCCCUGAUGGGCGCUGCCAAGGCUGCUGAGAACCUCGACGGCUGGCUGACAGAUCGCAAGCAGAAGAUAUCUGCACCUGCGGAAUAUGUUGUUGGGCCCUCAAAUCCUCGGCCAAAGCCCAUGCCCGCUGGCCAAAAAAAGAUCCCGCAGGAAGAGAACUGUGAGCAGGCAUCUCCGUCUCCGGAGCACUUCUACAUGAAGCUGUUGACAACCAAGGGCUUUGACACAAGGCAGAAACUUGAUGCUGCCUUGGCUUAUGCUGAUUGGCUUGAUUUCAAGGGCUUGGGCCUUACGGCGGGCGAUAUGUACACGUGGGCCUUUGACAUUGCUGCCAGUGGGCUAGAAGGAGAUGCAAGCAAGAUUGUGGAUUUGAAGAACGGCCUUUUGAAGAACCACAGCGGAGACCUUCCUUCAGAGAACAUUCUCCGUGUCUCCACGGCCCUUGCCGUCCACAACGCCCGUCAAGGCAAUCUUCCAACAGCUUUGUCCCUCUUCACGUCGGUUCUCAAAGCCCGACGCAGCCUCCCUAGGUCAUUAGACUCUAAUAUAUCCCCCUAUUUCCCGACUCUGCCUACCUCAAACAACGACCCAUUCGCUUCCCUCUUCAAAACUCUCAGAAAUGUCCUCAUCCCCGUGGAGUACCCAAAACCCCUCCCAUCAGGCGAUGAACCCCCACGCCGUACCACCGCAUCCGACUGCGAAGAAGCAGGAUUGAUGACCUACAUAGGCGAGAUAUUGUACGCCUCCUCAUCAAAGGAAUCCGGCCUUGCCUGGACGCGUGAUGCAGUCGAACUGGCCGAGUCCACGAUGCUCGACCUCAGCAAUUCAGCCGACCGCGCUGCUCGAACUCGCUGCGCACAGUGCCUGAAGGUUGGGCUAGAGAAUUGGAAAACAAUGGUCUCUUCCUUUGUUACACAUGCUCGACAGGAGGAGCAGGAGAGCAGGGAACAGGCUAAGGGUGCUUGGUUUGGUGGUGAGCGCCGCGCAGAGGCGAAGCGUCUUGAUCGUCAACGUUGGGAGGCUGAAGAUGCCAUUCUAGAGGAUCGAAUCCGUCGCCUCUUCCCUCUCCUUGAGGUUGAGUCUGGGCUGGAUCUCCUCGCUCCAAAUAGCUCUUUGUUUGUGUAG